CAACGGCCAAUCAUGGCAUCUCAGAGCUGCUUGCACCCGCUUUAGCUCCAAGAUGAUGGACGUCGGUCUGUGUGACGAGCCGCUGCAUCGCAUAACUUUCACAUCCUAGCUCUCUUCUCCCCGCCUUUCCACUUUCCAUCGCACCGCUGGUCUUGAGAGUCACCCAGGCGCUUCUAUAUCGUGAGGCGAGUACGUGAAAGUGAGAGAUAGCCCCGAGAAAUGGCGUGGCUCGUGGCCCGACGGUCCAUGUAGACCCUGGUUCAUUUGUACAUGAAUGCAUUGCAUUGGCCUAGAUUUUCAUACCAAGAAAGAGGCGCAUUUUGGCUGUCGUGGUUCUUUUCUUGGCCUUUUCUUAAAAGUCUCAGGCUGCCCUCCACUGCAACUUGCAGCCCCCCCCAAUCCCCGGUCCAUCUUGAAAUCUGUGUCUCUUGGAACGUCUCAGAAGACUCCUGAGUGUCACCUCGCCUGGUCAUACAAUCUUGCGACUACAAUAACUUCGGGAAAGGAAGAAGCCGCUCUUGGAUGAGACAGAAUCAGCCUUACAAUACCGCCACCGUCUCUCCCAAAGAUAACCAUACCGACAAUUCUAUACAAUGUCGCGCGUGUGCUUGCCACGAUUAUAGACCAUAUAGUCGAGUGCGUGGAUCUGCCAACCAACUUCCGCGACAUCAUCGGCUUCAUAAUCGUCCUCUAAACCUUUUGCCCGACGCCAACGUCUCAAACCUCGAGCUCGGCAUCCGCUCUAUCCUUAUCCACCUCGCUCUCGGCUCAGCCUCAACCGUCGGGAUCGACGACCUUAACACAUUGGCUUAUCCUUCAAGGGUCUCAUCUCUUCCUUGAUAUCAUCCGCCACUCGCCCGCUGUUCUUCUUCUCUCACCAUUCGCUUCAUCCUGUCUGCUGGCCUGACAGAGUCACUGUUCGUUUUAAUACUUUCGUUUUUUUCUUCUCGUCCGCUCUUUAUACCAUAUCGCCGCUGGCCGGUCUGUAAUAUCACACCGAAAAAGGGACUAUUGGCAGCAGUGUUUGGGUACUAUACGAAUAGACGACAAGUUCAACGAGUGAAAACGAGACUGGUUAUUAUCCGCAAGGAAAAAGAAACGUUUCGGGAACAAGUGAAGGGCAUCUUAAUCUGGGCUUGACAAUCAACAUCCAUUCACCAUGGGAAAACUCAUCAAGAAUCACUGGGCCCGUCUCAUCAUCUUGAGCGCCGCAGCUUAUCAGAUUGCGGCUGCCAUAGAGUGCUUCUUCUGGCCCAAGAUCUUCUGGGAUUUCCUUACGCGUACCCUCGAUGGUGCAGUGAGACCUGUGCCGGCUUUACAGAUAAUAAAUCUACUCCUGGGGAUUGCCAUGCUGGCUCUCGAAUGGCCCCUCAACUUCGUCGCCGGCUCGGCUCUCCACCGCUCGCUAGAAUUCCGACUUGCCAUCCUUCCACUCACGGCACUCAGUGCAGCUCUUAUCUACCAAGGCACAAACGCCGCUAUCUACUACCUCAUCGGCAUGAUCGUCUACUUCUGGGGUUACAGCGAAGGCGAGAUGAUCUGCGCAAAACCCUGGACUCUUCCUAAUCGCGGGCGCAGCGGCGGCGGUACGCGUGCAUAGUCGCAGCUUGCCAUGAUGGAUGUAUAAUACUACAAAAUACAGAACGGGUUAUAGCAUGACUUCUUGAUUGAACGCCAUCUCUAAACCCCGAAUCUUACAAAGAGACACUGUUACACAUAUACCCCUUUGCGGCGUUUGGCGAUUUUUCAUGAUAUACGACCAUCAGACCAUUAGUACUGCGUGUGUACGGCUCAUCCUGCACCAAGGAGAUUUUCCUUCCAGCAUUGCGUUUGCGUUUGUAUUUGCAUUUCCCAUUUUGCAUGAUCAGCGUGGAGGUGUUGUUAGACGAGGAUACCAUUGGAGAGGGUCGUACUGUUUACGGCCGUUUCUAGAGGAAGUCUUGAAAUCAGGAGACAAGGAACUGGUCCAGUUGUGUAGCCUGGACGGGCCUGAGGACUUCCGGCAAGAGUCUGCUACAAUCUCUGGAGCCAAAGCACCCGAAAUAUAGAUCUAAUACCACCAA